AAGAUAAAACAAUAAUAAUAAUUGACGCACACAUAUUGCAACUCAUAAAACGUACAACGGAAAAAGAAAAGGAGAAAUUAAGGUACAAAAGAUGGUAAGAAUUCCGGAGACAACAAUAAGCUCUUGUGAUGGUCGACGACCCAUUCCGUUGAUCGGUAUGGGCACAGUUGGAAACUAUGAUGAGGUAAAGGCUGCGGUUAUUGAAGCCAUCAAAAUUGGUUAUCGCCACUUUGACACAGCUUCAAUCUACGGAACCGAGAAGCCACUCGGGGAAGCCAUCGCCGAGGCCUUGCGACUCGGUCUGAUCAAGUCGCGGGCUGAGGUUUUUAUUACGACCAAGCUUUGGUGUAACUCUACUCAGCGCCACCUUGUCCUACCAGCUAUGAAGCAAAGUCUUCGUAAUUUGGGGCUCGAGUAUGUAGAUCUGUAUCUAAUACAUUGGCCAAUAACGCUUAAACAAGAAGAGUUCAAAAUCCCGAUCCCAAAAGAGUGCAUAGCCCCUAUCAAUAUCAGAGAGGUGUGGGAAGAAAUGGAGAAAUGUCAAAACCUUGGACUCACCAAGUCCAUAGGUGUUAGCAAUUUUUCACCUAGAAGAAUCGAAGAAAUCCUAUCGUUUGCUAAAAUUCCCCCGGCAGUCAACCAGGUCGAAAUGAACCCACUCUGGCAACAAAAAAAGCUCAACGAGUUUUGUAAGAAAAAUGACAUCCUUAUCACUGGAUUCUCCCCUUUAGGUGCAUAUGGCUCUCAUUGGGGACACAAUCGUGUGAUGGAAUGUGAUGUUCUUAAAGAAAUUUCAAAAUCGAGAGGGAAGACAAUAGCACAGAUUACCUUAAGAUGGAUAUUUGAGCAAGGUGUGAGUGUUGUGGUGAAAAGUUUUAACCCAGAGAGGAUGAAGCAAAACAUCGAUAUAUUUGAUUGGUCAUUGACGGAAGAUGAGUUGAAGAAAAUUAGCCAAAUCCCCCAACAGAAACUCAACUAUUUUGGGUCUUUGCUGAGUGGGCCUAAUGAUGUAGUGGCCGAGAUUGACGCUGAACUUUCAUUUCAAUGACUGUUAAAUUUUAUUAUCGUAGCGACGUAGCCUAUAUAUGUUAUCUGCUUAUUGAUGUGGUUGUAUUAUUUCAUAAAACAACAUAUGUAACCUUUAUUUGAAGGAAGAUUUUCAUUGGUCACUUAAUUAUAAGAAAAUCAAGUAUAGAAAAUGUUGAAGGUUGAUACAUAAAUAAAUGUACGAUGAAUAUUAUUUAUAUGAAUAAAAGGUACUGAUGUUAUUUAUUA